AUGGGCAUUUAUGAACCUAAGAAUGAUUUUUCCAAAAUUCCAGUUGCUUACUGGAAUUCCAUCGGUCUGUUUCCGACUUUUCAAAACUUUCGGCAAGGACGGAGCCCGAAUAUCUGGGUCUGCGCGGCGCCGCAUGUUACUGUCUCUUUGGCUUUCUCUUCUAGCCAAACUAUUAUUGUGGAUUGCUCUUGGAAUAACAUUUCAUUCCGGGCUGCUUUUAUUCAUGGAGAUAAUUCGCAUACUGAACGUCGACUUCUGUGGAUUGAUUUGUUGAAUCACGUUGUGGAAAAAACGGUUUUUAUCGGUGACUUUAAUGCCGUUAAAGGGGCCCAUGAAAGAAAGAGCACUUGUCUGCCAAACGGCACUUCAUGUAGGGAGUUUGGUGAUUUUAUUGCGGCUUCGGGGCUGAUUGAAUCUAACACUACGGGGCUCUUUUUUACGUGGUGUGGAAGACGUAAUUUGCCAUCACAUGUUGAAUCGGUUCUGGACCGUGGCUUUUUCUCCUCAGAUUUCGCAAAUUUGUGGGACUCUCUUAAUACUCAUGUUCUGCCGAGGUUUUCUUCUGAUCAUUCGCCUCUUAUUUUACAAUGUAUGGAGAGGGCUGCGGUUAAACGUAGGCCCUUUAAAUUUCUUAAUAUGUGGUUGGUGCAUCAAGAUUUUCGGGAGUUUGUGAAAACUUCUUGGCAUGCGGAUUUAAGCAUUACUUGCCCUAUCCUGAAGAUUAUGGUAAAACUGAAAAGGCUGAGAUCGAGUCUUAAAGGUUGGAAUAAAGAGGUUUUUGGCCUUGUGGAUGUGGAGAUUAAUCAGCUUCAGAUGGAUUUGGAAAGGACUCAGAAACGUAUCUCAGUUGAAGGCUACUCGGACACUCUCUUUGAUGAAGAAGUAGAGCUUCAAGCUCGUUUGAGCACGAGGCUGCUGCGCAAAGAUCUGUUACUGAAACAGAAAAGUAGGAUACGGUGGUUAAAUGACGGAGAUAGAAACACAAGUUUCUUCCAUAACUCGAUCAAAGCUCGGAAAAAGCAGCCUUAUAUUCCGCAGUUAAAUAUUGAUGGGACGGACUCUUUUGAUCAAGAGGAGAUUGCUGCGAAUAUCGUUCGUUAUUUUUCCAAUUUAUUUGCUGAUUCGACUGUUAAUGCUGUCACGCCUGAAGAUGUGAGGAAUUUGGUGAAUAGUUCUGUUUCUCAGGUGCAAAAUACACAUCUCACUAGCAUCCCGAUGGAUGAGGAAAUUAAGGCAGCGGUCUUCGACUUAGGAGGUGAUAGUGCAGCCGGGCCUGAUGGCUUCACUGGAGUAUUCUUUCAACAUUGCUGGGAGAUCAUCAAAGCGGAUAUUUGUUUGGCUAUUAGAACGUUCUUCAACAGGAACUAUCUACCUCAUGGACUCAACUCCAACACGUUGAUUCUUAUACCUAAAAAGGAGGUGGUCGAAACUGUGAUGGACUUACGACCUAUUGUCCUAUCCAACUUCUUUUUUAAAAUCAUCUCUAAGAUUCUGGCGACUAGACUCAGUUCUGUGGCGGCCGAGUGUGUUUCACCGAAUCAAUUUGGGUUUAUCCGUGGCCGCUUGAUUCACGACUGCAUUAUGCUCGGCUCGGAAGGCAUUAAUUGCAUGAAUCGUUCGUGCAAAGGCAGGAAUAUGGCUUGCAAAGUGGACAUUAAAAAGGCCUUUGAUACGCUGAGCUGGUGUUUUAUUCUGUCUGCUAUGGAGGGGAUGGGUUUUGAUCAGCGUUUUCUGGACUGGCUUUCUACUAUCUUUGGUUCUGCCCGCCUCUCUAUCUUGUACAACGGACAGCUCUUCGGUUAUUUCGCUUGCUCUCGUGGGGUGAGACAGGGUGACCCGCUUUCGCCUAUCAUUUUCGGCAUCGCUGAAGAUGUUCUUAGAUGUAUGUUUAUAAAGGCGGUAGAAGAUAGUUGUCUGACGCCGAUGAAAAUGAGUCGUGCCAGCCUUUUCCCUACUCAUUUGUUGUACGCUGAUGACAUUCUCUUGUUUUGCAAGGCUACUACUAAGAAUGCCCGGACUAUUCGCAGCAUUUUACAGCGGUAUGGGGAGCUUUCGGGACAAAUAUGCAACCAGGAAAAAUCGCAUAUUUAUUACGCCAAAGGAGUUCCCUUAAGUUAUCAAAGACAGAUUGGCAGGAUUCUUCAUUUCCGGGUGGGACGGCUGCCUAUGAUUUAUCUGGGAGCCCCUCUGUUUGUUGGAAGACCUAAGGCUAUUCAUCUUGCUGCCAUAAAGGAUAGGAUUAUUAACAAAUUCUCUCGCUGGAAAGGCUCUCAACUCUCCAUUGCGGGGCGAAUCUGCCUCGUACGUUCGGUCAUUCAGAGCUCUCUCGUGCAUACGAUGAUGCUCUAUAAAUGGCCUAGAUCUCUUAUCAAGGAGUUGGAUAGGUCCUGCAGAAAUUUCAUUUGGAUGGGAAAUAUUAACAAAAAACCGUCUUGUGCAGUUAGUUGGGAACGUGUUUGUGCGAUUAAGGAGGAAGGAGGUCUUGGGAUUCGCUCGUUUCAUAUGAUGAAUGAGUCCUUUCUUAUGAAACUUGCCUGGAAGGUGAUUGUGGGAUGCCAAUUUGGGUUUGAUGCAAUGAGAAACCGCUACCUGAAUGACGUGGGCAGGCCACGGUCGGACUUCUUAACUUCUUCGAUUUGGGUUGGAAUUAGACGUCUCAUACAUGACCUCAUCGAAGACUCCUACUGUCUUCUUGGAAAAGGCCUUUCGGUGUACUUCUGGCAUGACGACUGGCUCGGUUACACUAUUGCGGAUAAGAUUAAUUUGCCAAGUUUUAUGCGGUCAAGAUUAAAUAAAACGGUGGCAAACUAUUUCUAUGACGGAGUUUGGCACUUCUCGCAAGAGUUUAUUGAAGAAUUCCCUUACAUUGUUUGUGAUAUUUUACUGUUGCCGAUCGGUGAGGAUGAGGAUGUCAGAUUAUGGAAGCCGUCUGUGCACGGGGACGUUACUUCUGCCCUUGCUUUUGUUUAUAAAUGUCACCGUUUCCCCAGUGUUUCUUGGGGUCGUUGGCUGUGGGAAGAUUACAUCCCUGUUCGUCGGUCCAUCACUUGUUGGAGAGUUAUUCUAAACCGGCUGCCAACGCGGGAUAAACUCAUUCGACAAGGUCUGGUUUCACCCAAUUAUUGCUCCCUUUGUUUUCACGAAGCAGAAGAUCUGAAUCAUGUUUUUUGGGAGUGCGACAAAGUUCAACCUGUAUGGACAGAGUUUUUGAGUUGGUUCAAUCAGUUGGAGGGGAGACAUUGUGUUGACAUUCAUAGCUUUCUCAUCUUUACUUGGUCAAUAAAAUGGAGCUCGCAAAUUAGCGUUCUCUGGAAACUUGGAGUUAUUUCAAUGAUCUGGGCGAUUUGGAAUGCGCGUAAUAAAAGUCACUUUGAUGGUGUUGAUUUUCAAAGCCGUGCUAUCCUUAGCUUUAUCAAGUCGACGUUCUUGGAGGUUGAUUCUUCUUUCUCCAAGCUGGGUUGUAUUGAUAACACUUGGGCUGAUUACUUAAUUAUUCGAAAGUUGGGUGUUAAAGUACAUCAACGUCCGCCGCCGGAGCUCACUUCGGUUUAUUGGUCGCCGCCUGCGUUUGCUUGGAUUAAAGCAAAUACGGACGGUUCGGCGGUUGGGACGCCAGGUCGUAUUUGUGCAGGGGGAGUUUUCAGAGAUUGGCGAGGAUUUGUGAGGGGAUGUUUCCAUGUGGAAGGUGGUACGGGGUAUGCUUUUGAGGCGGAACUUUUAGGAAUUAUUACAGCUAUUGAUUUUGCUCAUCAUUGCGGCUGGUACAAGAUUUGGUUUGAAUCAGACUCUGCCUACGUGGUUAAAAUUAUGUCUACUAAAUCAAGCAAAGUUCCUUGGCGAUUCCAAUCUAUGUGGAGACGAGUCCUUUCGUUGCUUGAUCAUAUGGAUUUUAGAAUAACUCAUAUUUAUAGAGAAGGGAAUGUUCCUGCUGACAUUAUGGCCAGUCCUCAUACUCCUGAGGGACGUUGGACUCACAAUAUUCAGCUUAUUCAUGAUGCCGUCAUUCGGGAUUUGUCUGUGCAUAGCUAUGUACGUCAAAGAUAA